AUGGCGGGGAUGCCCCAGCCAUGCCCCAUCGAUACACGGCUGCCAAACAUGUCGUCGUCCAAGAAGAUUGCCGAAUUUCCUGACGUGGAGGCGAAGCUCCAGAGGGCCACCAAGCAAUCCGCAUUCGAGCGCCAAAAGGCAGAGGCAGAGGCUAAGCGCCGCAGAGAAGCUGCUGAGACGGCCGCAGUCUACGAGGACUUUGUCAAGAGCUUCGACCACGACGACACUUCGGAUUCUCGACCCUCGAAUUCCCGAUAUGGAUCCGACCGACCAGAGAGACCAACACUUGGAGGACAGCCGUUUGGAGGAACGGGCAAGAGACACUUUGGCGUCAACAGUCUCAAGAGUGGUCCCGGCAGUCUAGGGCCUCCUCCAACAUCGUUUAAGAAGAGGUCAUACGAUGACUUCCAUUCCAGUCGUCAGAGACCCCACGAAAGAUUUGAGGAGAGGGAGAGGGACUCCGAGAAGAGCUCUUUACCCGUGUCCAAAGUUUUCAACGAUAGCGACAACGAGGAGGAAGCGACCGUUAACGGCCGAGCAGAGGAGAAGGCCAUCUCGAAACCCACACUACGCCUUUCCAACCUCCCGCCGACCGUCAUCAAGGCGCUAAUACCACCCAACUUGACGGUCGAGAGCGUCAAGAUUGUUCCGCCAUCUGGCCCCCAAGGGACGGAGCGCAAGUCCAUUGCUGCCAUCGAAACACCCGCAACAGAAAUUGAUGCCGCUGUGAGCGCGCAACAAAAUCGUUAUCUCGGUUAUGGUUACUUCUUACAUCUUUCAUCAGCGGCCAUUGCGUCGGGCUUGACGACCGUUCAGACUUCUACAACAGUAUCACGUCCAUUCGGCGCAAAACGUCCGGGUGGCCAUGGCCCGCAUCACGGAGGUUAUAGUCGCAACUAUGCUCCCCCAUCACAUUAUGGAGCCGCUAUCAACAGAAGCGGUCUGCUCCAUGUUCCCGUAAAGCCUCCACGAGACAUCAGGACACUGCGCAUGAUUCACAAGUCCGUUUUGGAGCAUGGACCAGAAUUUGAGGCUCUUCUGAUGUCUCGACCAGACAGGUGGGCAUGGAUCUGGGAUGCUCGCAGUGAGGGCGGCAUAUGGCUAUGGGAGAUCAGGGGGAAGCCAAAGUAUGUCCCACUCUUCGAAGGAAGCCACGCCUGGAAGGCGCCUGAGCCUCUCGCCUACGAGUACACAACAUCAAUCGUCUCAGAUUCGGCAUACGACACGGACGAAGAAGACGACUUCGAGGAUGAGCAGAAAGAGCACAACGACCAAGAAGACACCUUCCUCAACCCCAUAGAAAAGGCCAAGCUAGCGCACAUGCUAGCCCGCCUACCUACAACACUAUCCAAAAUCAGAAAAGGAGAUAUCGCCCGCAUCACCGCAUUCGCCAUCACUCACGCCAGCCGCGGCGCCGACGAGAUCGUCGAUAUGAUUAUCUCCAACGUCGAAUCACCCUUCUCUUACACACCCGCCAACCCCGACCACCAACAACGCUCCCGCGAGCGAGAAGGCCAAGACGGGAACAACUCUCGCGAACCCUCGCCCGCAGUCGAAGACAAAGACAAGGACAAAACAAACGACACCACUCCCGACCUCAGCGCCGCCCGACUUCUGGGUCUCUACGUACUCAGCGACAUCCUGUCCUCAUCAUCUACAAGCGGUAUCCGCCACGCCUGGCGCUACCGGCAACUCUUUGAGACCGCUUUACGCGCCCGCAAAACGUUCGAAUUGCUCGGCAUGAUGGCCGACAAGCUUAACUGGGGCCGCUUGCGCGCAGACAAGUGGAAGCGCAGCGUCGGGCUCGUCCUGAGUCUCUGGGAGGGAUGGUGCGUAUUCCCCGUCGAGACGCAUGAAUUCUUUGUCAAGAGCUUUGAGAACCUGCCGACGCUGAAGGCGAAGGAAGCGGAAAAGGCGGAGGCGGAGAAGAAAGCUGCUGCUGCUGCUGCUGCGGGUGGGAAGUGGAAGACUGUUGAUGGACCUGCUGCUAUUGCAACUCAGGCUAAGGCUACUGGUUUCUUACCUGUGUCUACACUUCCGGAGUCGUCGAUGGCGGAACAGACGGAACCAGGUGGUGGUGAUUCGGAGUACGUGGAACGGAUGCUGGAGACGGGUGAUACAGAUGGAGAGAUUACGCUGCCGCCAAAUCAUAUGCAGUAUAGCUCGGGGACGGACGAGUUGUUUUCGGAUGAUGAUAUUGAUGGGACGCCUGAUGAGGACUUUAUGGCGCUUUUACGGAAGCUUACGACGGCGGAUGAUGGGGAUGUGGUUAUGGGCGAGGCCGCGGAGACAUCAGCACCAGCAGCAGUACAGACUACAGAACCCAAGACGGUGGAGGCCAAGUCGGUGGCUGGAUUCCAGAUAUCGGCGAACAAGGCGGCUCCGACGAGGAAGCGAAUGCGGGCCGUGGAUAUGUUUGCUGGGUCGGACUCGGAGGGGGAGAAGUAG